CAGGACAUAAAACUGAAGAAGAGAUGACAUAUAGCAGAAGUAUGCUCCUUGCAGUGACAUCACCUCCUCGGGGAACUUGUUCCUCUGCGAAUCCCAUUCCAGACUGGAGCUGAGCUCUUCCCUGAUCACCUCGAGGGAAUCCGCCCACAGGAUCAACAGGAGGUGGAGGGUGGGAGAACAUAUAAAGGUCCCGGGGAGCAGCUCUCCUUUGCUGUCCCGGCUGCACGGAUCUGCUCUCAGCAUGAAGACACUUCUGGUUGGGCUCCUGCUUGGCCUGGCAUACGUGGAGUUGGCCCACUCCUUACGAUGCUACACGUGCAAAGAACCAACGGACAUUGCUAAGUGCAGGACAGCCACCCUGUGCCCCCCGAAAUCCACCGUCUGCACAACAACGCUGCACUCUGUAGAGACGGGUUACCCCUUUUUCGGCAACAUCACUGUGACUAGAAGCUGUGAGGAGGAAUGCCUCUCCUACGAUGGGAUAGGGGCAACCAGACCCAAGUCAUGCUGCUACACCGACCUCUGCACCGAUGACACCAGGAGCAGCAACGGGGUGCGAAGCAGCUCCGCAGGGCUGGGUCUGAUGGCCAUGGCUCUUGGCGUGCUCCUCCAGUGCUCUCUGUAACGUCACAAAUGCCCACGCUCCAGCUGAAACACCCCCACUCCUCUCUCGGCCAAGCUGCCUCGUGAACUCGUAGAUGCCUUGGGAACAACCUUUUUCGCUGGUGUGUGGCUCCACUCAUCUUCAGUGCUGUGAAUUCCAGUGGAUUCAAGCCAAGAGUCUGGGCACCUGGAUGUAAACCCCUCAGAUUUCCAGUUUCCACCUGCUAAGCAGAUAUUCUUUACCUUCAGCUGCUUCUGGUCCUGGGGACCUACAUCUCCCCUGACAGCUUUCCUCUGUGGGGAGCAGCAGUGGAUGAAGCGGGCAGUGCCAUCAAGGCUGGUGUUCUGGCAUCAUCCUCAGCAGGACCCGGAGCUGUAUCCCCACUGAAGGUGGACAGGGCUUUUUUCCCAGGUGUCCCCAAGCUCCCACACAACCUGUGCCCAUGUGCCUCUAUUAAAUCCCUCUGCACAUCCCCCCCA